AUGGCUCGGCUGAAUGAUUUUGCUGCUCCCUCGGAGUCUGUUGAGGCUUUGAAGCGUCGAUUCGUGCGGCAAAAUCGCGAGAUCGCACGGGUCAACUCUAUGCAGUCACUUCGCAUCCGCAGCUUAGAGUCCGAAAUAUCGCAUCUCCUAGGGGAAAAUGUUUCACUACGGGAACAAGUCAUCAACCUCACCCAAGAAAUCGACCGACUAGAGUCAGCCAAAUUGCUCCACGAUGGGGUCUACGAUAUAAAGAGUCGCCUGGACGCAAAAGUCGCCGAGCUCAAUGGAAUUGCAUCAGAGUUAGGAAUGUUACCACGCAAAAUUGGCAAGGUUGGAGACAAGGCUGGCGAUUCCGAUCACUCAAAAGCGACCGCACUAGACACGAGACCUCGAGCGACAGACUCAGAAUUCAAUACCGGAGUCGACGACGGCAAGCUCCCCGCCAUAUUGGAGGAUAAAUACUUCCCGCGCCGGACAUUGGAGCCUCAAGAAAUCCACAAUCUCGUUCAGGCUGAUCACAGCCUGCCCAAUUCUCCCCACGCGAUCCAUCUGGAUCACGAUCAUUCAGAUAUUACCGCGGAUAUUUCCAGCCCCCUUUUCAGCAAGCCCCUACCAAGGCGCCAGCCUGAGACCGAGACCGAUGCCCUAGCUCUAGUGUCAUCUCUUCCCCCUACACUCGAGACACGAAAGAAGAAAAAGAAGACGGUUUCGUCGGGACCUAUUUCCGAGGGCAUGGCCCCGCCAGAGAGCCCAAGUCCGAAGAUUGGCGACACACAACCUGGGAAAUCCGGAUCGAAGCGCAAAUUCAGGCCUGACGACGAUGGAUUCUUGUCCGAUACAGCGCCGGAAGAUGAUGAGUUCCAAUUUCGUCGUCCGAGUCAUAGCCCUUUGAAGCAAACAGACCCAUUCGAUUUCAUGCGUCCGGAUUUCUCGCCUAGCAAAACACCGGUGAACAUGAAGCGAGGAUCGUCGAGCUCCGGGGCCAGCAAACGAAAGGUUCUUGAGCCGAAGAGCGCAAAUGCCAACCUCGGAUCCCCUCAAAAGGCUCGAGCAUCUUUACAACCCGAGAACAAGAUGGCGGCGAAAAUGGGAAGGGACGAAAAUAUCAAGUCUCCCGUGAAGCCUAAGGAGCUCGAGAGCAGCAAAAACAAAUCCCUCAGUCAGAAACCACGCGUUCGAUCAACUCCAAUGCUACAGAAGCAGAAACGCUCCAGCCGAUCUACGGAAUAUGACGAAGCAUAUAGCCAGCCCGUCCCCAUCAUGCUCAAAGACUCACCUGUGGCCAGAUCUGGAGAGGGGCUUAUGGGAGUGUCUGAUUUGGCUGCAUCUCGGCCCUCCCGCCGUCGUGGCGCUGUGGUUAGCUAUGCGGAGCCCAACCUCCGAGACAAGAUGCGCCGCCCGACGAGUGAAAUGGCAGACGCAGUCAUAGCCGGCGGGUCUCGCAGAUCGUCCAGUCUCCAAUUUCGUGAGAGUUUGGACAACGCAGACGACCAUUCAAGAAAGAGCGGGGCUGGUUCUGGUUCUUUAUUGAAUGGCAGUCUUCCUGCAGAUUUGGCUCUCGCAGACCAGGCAACCGACGUGUUCAUGAAGGACAUUGCACCGGAGCAAUUAAUCGAUACGGUUUCUCAUCGGAGACAAUCGCGGCGGCAUUCGUCGAAUCCGAAGAGCACCGCUCGACACGUAUCAUCGCAUGACGUGGACUUCGGAGAAUCGCCGACCACUUUCACGCAGAUGGAAGGCGCGGAAGGUGAAGAAACUCCCGGGUGGAACUCUGCAAUGGAUGUAGGGCAUCGGCGAGAAACUCGCAUUGCGGCAAGGAGAAAGAGUAUGAUGGUGUGA